CCAACUUUGACCCGUGUUCCUAAUAUCUCUAGGUCUCAGGGUUUAAGGCGCAGAACAGCAAAACUAGAACCAGUCGGCGACGGAGAGUCAAAAUGUCGAAGAAGAACGAUCUUGCUCGUCGGAAAAGACAGCACGAAUUCGAACUCAGAAGAGAGAAAGAAGCGAAAGAAAAGAGGGCAAAGAAGCUUCAAGCAAAGAAAAGCAAGAUGAAAGUUGAUGGUACUGAGAAGAAGAAGAAGGGUGGGUUUCAAGUGGGCAAGAAGAAGUUGAAGACCAAAAUGACGGCGUUGGCAAAGGCUAAAGCUGCCCAAGCGAUGGAGGUUGACAAAUGAGGUUCAAUGAUAAUGAUUCUCUGUGCAUGUUAAGAACUGGUUAUGAGUUCACUUUUAGAUAUGCAAGUUUCAAUUUCGCUGAUGUUGUUGGUCAAUAUUACAAUUUUGCUUCAACCAAUUUGCUCACAAAGACGAUGGCCUGUGUUAGUUGGUAACAUUGAUUUGUUAAAACAAUACCAAAACAUUGUGCUUGCCCUUUUAUGGUUUCUAAUGUAAUAGUAGGUACCAUUUAGAGGUUGAUCUACUCAGAUAACCUUGAAACUGUCUUAGAGGGCAUGUCCUGCAUGCCAUUAAUUGAAGUUCUUUAUUUUUUAUGA